CGGGCUGGGCUGACAGCAACCUCCUCUGGGGACCAUCUCUCUCCUGGUGCCGCCUCCGCCCUUCUUGUGCGCCCGUUUUCCCCCUCUUCCAUUUAAAUCCUAUUUGGGAAUUGUUUAAAUUUUUUUUAAAAAAAAAAAAAAGAAAGAAAGACAGAAAGGGGGGAGGGAGGAGGAAUCGGAGUUCCCGAGAAGCAGAGGGACUCAGGGUGGUGUAAAGGAAUUCACUAGCCAUGGAUGUAUUCAUGAAAGGACUUUCAAAGGCCAAGGAGGGAGUAGUGGCUGCUGCUGAAAAAACCAAGCAGGGUGUGGCAGAAGCAGCAGGGAAGACAAAAGAGGGUGUUCUGUAUGUAGGCUCCAAAACCAAGGAGGGAGUGGUCCACGGUGUGACAACAGUGGCUGAGAAGACCAAAGAGCAAGUGACAAAUGUUGGAGGGGCAGUGGUGACGGGUGUGACAGCAGUAGCCCAGAAGACAGUGGAGGGGGCGGGGAGCAUUGCAGCGGCCACUGGCUUUGGCAAAAAGGACCAGCUGGGCAAGAGUGAAGAAGGAGCCCCCCAGGAAGGAAUUCUGGAAGAUAUGCCUGUGGAUCCUGACAAUGAGGCUUAUGAAAUGCCUUCUGAGGAAGGGUAUCAAGACUAUGAACCCGAAGCCUAAGAAAUAUCUUUGCUCCCAGUUUCUUGAGAUUUGCCGACAGAUGUUCCAUCCUGUACAAGUGCUCAGUUCCAAUGUGCUCCGUCAUGAUAUUAUCGCAAAGUUUCUACCGUGUGUUUUGAAGUCUUCCAUCAGCGGUGAUCGAAGUAUCUGCCCCCCAGCAUCUCGGUGCUUCCCUCUCACUGAAGCGAGUAUGUGGUAGCAGGUCCUUGUGUGCUGUGGAUAUUGUGGCUUCAAAUCUAAAAUGUUCAGACAAAUUAAAAACACCUAAGUGACUACCACUUAUUUCUUAAUCUCAAUUUCUUUUUGUUGCUGUUGUUGAGAAGUUGUGAGUGAUUUACGAUCGCAUAUUUUAAGAUUUUUAGUUGUCUUUUAAAUCUUUCUGUCUAAGAAUAAUGAUGUAUUGUGCAAUCUGUUAAUAUAUAUAAUACUUAAAAACAUGUGAGCAUGAAACUAUGCACCUAUAAAUAUUAACUGAGAAAUUUUACUGUUUUGUGAUGUGUUUUAUUAACUUGUGUUUGUACAUAAAUGGUGGAAAUUCAAAUAAAAUAUUAUCUCAUUACAAAAA